AUGGACGCCGACGUUGUCGUGGAGGAUGGAAUACUCAAGUACAUCGACGCACUUCGCUUCGGAAAUCUAGACCGGUUCAGAGAAAUCGAAGAAGAGAGCGGAGACUGGUGGUUUUCAUCACUGGACAGAGGCGCCGGUGCUGCCUUGCACUUUGCAGCAGAGUGUGGUCAGCUGGAGUGUGUGAGGUUCCUGGUGGAGCAGAGAGGGGCGUCGGUGAACCAGGGGGACCUGGGCAGGGGAUGGACGCCCCUGCACAGAUGCGCGCACAUGGCGCAUUACACGCACGCCCCCUUCCUGGCCACCUUUGAGUACCUGCUGAUGCAGGGCGCUGACGCCAGCAUUCUCAGCUCAGCAGGCCCCCAGUCAAAGCCGCUGUCAGCUGUGCAGGGGCGAGGCUGGGAGCCUGGGCAGCUCAGGGCCAAGCUGCAGGAGCUGAUUGAGAAGCACAGUGAGGUGCCCAAGGCAGCGGUGUACACCCACAGCGGCCCCCAAAUCGGGGAGGCUGCUGAGGCUGUGCUUCGCGCUUGGGAGGCGCAAAAGCCGCUGCUGCCACCGGCCGACUGGCGCGCUCCGCCACCGGCCGGUUUUGCCGACGCUCAGGGGAUGCGGCGCGUUGCAGAGGAGCCGUGGAGACCGGCGGGGGACGAAGAUGGUUCCUUCUUCACGCGGCCCAUGACAGAGCUGGAGCUGCAGGCACAGUCGAGAGCGGUUGCUGCCGCCCACUGA